CAUAUGGCGGACAGCAAACCCCAUGAAGAAAUAUUAUCUGCUAUCAGGGAGAGAGAGGGAGAUAAUGAGAGAAUGAGAAUGAGAACUAUUAGAAUGGUUUGAAUUGUACAAGUUCCGGGUUGCCGCUUUUCCCAUAAAGCAUCUUUGAUUUGCAUACCACAUGAUCUUCUCUUGGUUAACAGAGUAAUUUAUUGUUGUUAUUUUUCAAAGCGACGAGUCAAUUUUUAAUUGAAACCAAAUUAAAGGUGGUCUAAUUGUUGGUAAGGUUCCCGGCUAUCAUUAAUUGAAUUAGAUAAAUUCAGCCUUAAUCCUUUCCUCUCUGAUUUUCCGUACGAAACACUCUCUCCUAUUAGUUUUAAGCAAUUCCUUUCAUUCGCUUAAUAGAGAAACUAAGUUGUUCACGUGUUUUCGAACCAUCCUGAGUUAGUUGUACAAAUACACGCUUUGCGCCUACAGUAAAUCUUGUUACUUUUCUCGAUAAAAUCCACCAUCAUGUCGGAGGACGAACACAAUAAGGUGACCCCGAGGCUCCACCCCUAAUUAGCAAAGCAAUACAGGCGCAAGUAAAAAAGCUUCAACCCUUAAUAAACAUUUUGUAUUUAGAUGAUGAAAAUCUAGCCGACGACUACAAGAUGGUGCUCCAAGACCUGGAAAUCAUACCGAAAACGAAAAAAAACUAUGUUUUUAGCCUAAGCACAGAAAAACUUGAGCCAUGUUUUCCAGAACCGACCACAAAUACGCAGUAUAUUACGAUUAUAGGUCAAUUUCUAAAUGUACGUCUAAAAAUAAAACUCAAAUCCAAGGAAGAAUUGUUAAUCUUAGGCUCCACUAUUGGCGAAUCUUUUGGCAAAGAACUGCUAAAUAUAAAAUAGCUGAACUGCGGAAAAUUUGGGAAAAAUUUCAAAAAGCUGGAUGCCCAUUAUGAGAUUACCUUCUAAAAAUUGCAUAAGCAUGCUAAAACUCCUUUUUUGCGGAAAAUCCCUUGUUCUUUGAAGAGUAAAUUUUAGACGAUACGAUCAAAUUUCAACAGACUCAAUAUUUAAAGUUAUCUAUGUAAAAAUGAAAGAUAACCAAUUUUUGUUAGUCGUUAUUUCGGAAAGCAAAAGUGGCCUGGAUGUUUCUUCCGCUAACCUCCUUUCCUUACCCGUUUUUUAAAGCCUCAUCAGUAAGAGCGAAAGCUACCUUAAGCGUUGUUUUUGAUUCUGAGCGCGAGGAGCGUUGCAAAUAAACUUUGGUUUGACUCAGCAAAUUGUUAAGUAACUCCGAAAGUCGAAGUGCAAAAAAAUUGGAGAGCUUUUUUUUGAUACCGAAUUUUAUUGAAUGAUUGAGAAACUAGAACCAACUGAUUAAAAACGGUCAAUGCGUGCCAGAAUAUGUUCCUAUCGCAAUGGUCGAAUGUCGGCCUUUGUAAAAAUCUAAGAAAAAAAUUUACAGCAUUUAUUAGCGAUUGGACUCCGCCUAGAUUCAAAGAUAUGGUAAAUUUUUAGAUUCGUUAGGGGAAAAGCUGUAACCGUAAUAGGAUGUUUUAGCCUAUCUUGACUGAAAAUUGCACUGAGGUUCUUGCCAAAAAAAACUUGAAGGCCCUUAUAAUGCGAAGUUUUACUUCACCCACAUUCCUUGUUUUAGAGCUUUGUUAGCUCCACAUGACAGAUCGAAGCGACCAGAUUGUUUGACGCUUGUCCCAUGGGCUGUUGGUUGGCCAGCUACUAUAGGCUGCUGGUAUGCAGAACCAGGUGUUGAUUAAACCUCCUUGUGUUGGGGAUGGCGAUAAGUCACAUUGUACGAAUUUUGAUGAAUACAAAUCUACUUACGCUGAAAGCAUCUCACAUCCAGACAAAUUUUGGAGUAAAAUUGCACAAGAGAGUUUCUUCUGGAAAUCUAUACCGGAAAACAAGUAUUUAUCGCCUAUCUUUUCCAAUGAGACAGUGGCUACUACUGUGAAAUUUUGGCCCGGGGCAACCACAAAUAUUUGCUACAAUGUCUUAGAUAGAAUAUGCGAGCGCGGCGAUGGCUCAAAAAUGGCUUUCUUCUGGGAAGGAAAUGAUAUAGGAGACGACAGAAAAAUAACAUAUCAAGAGCUUCUCAAAGAGGUCAAACUGUUUUCCAAUGUCUUGAAAGGUCUGGGCGUUUCCAAAGGCGACCGUGUAGCCAUAUACAUGCCAAUGGUGAUUGAGCUGCCAGUUGCUAUGCUCGCUUGUGCCAGAAUAGGAGCUGUUCAUUCAAUAGUUUUUGCUGGGUUUUCAGCUGAAAGUCUAGCUGGACGAAUUUGUGAUUGCCAGGCUAAAAUACUGAUCACGGCUGAUGGGUUCUACAGAGGUGAUAAAUUGAUUGCGCUCAAGAAAAUCAGCGAUGGAGCUGUUAAAUUGUGCGAGGAAAAGAAUCAAGCUGUUGAUAAGGUCAUAGUAUUUCGACAUGUUACGUCACCCAGUGGUUCAACAAUAGACCAUCAGUGUCCUAAGCGGUCGUGUACAGAUCUGAAAGUGUUGUGGAACGACAAAAUUGACGUAUGGUGGCAUGAUUUGAUGGCCGAUCCAGAUCUUUCUCCGGACUGCGAGCCCGAAUGGGUAGAUGCGGAGGACCCGCUGUUCAUUUUAUACACCAGUGGGUCAACUGGGAAACCUAAAGGCAUGAUGCACACAGUCGGAGGUUACAUGGUCUAUGCAGCGACUACCUUCAAGUAUUCGUUUAACUACAACCCAAAAGACAUUUAUUUCUGCACGGCUGAUAUUGGUUGGAUAACAGGGCACUCGUACAUUACGUAUGGUCCAAUGGCUAAUGGAGCUACAAGCGUGCUUUUUGAAGGUACUCCUCUGUAUCCGGAUGCUGGUCGUUUGUGGGCAAUAGUUGAGAAGUACAAAGUCAAUCAGAUAUAUACAGCUCCUACAGCUAUUCGAAUGUUAAUGAAGUUCGGCGAGGCGAUCGUGAAAAAGCACGAUAGGUCUAGUUUGAAAGUCUUAGGCACGGUAGGAGAACCUAUCAACCCUGAUUCAUGGCAAUGGUACUACAAGGUGAUCGGUGAUUCGAAAUGUCCAAUUUCGGAUACCUACUGGCAAACUGAAACAGGCGGACAUGUUAUUACAAAUAUUCCUUUCGUAACUCCAAUGAAACCAGGAUCUGCGACGUUCCCAUUCUUUGGAAUCGAGCCGGCUCUGCUGGACGAAGAUGGUAAUGAAGUCAUUGGAGAAGGCGAAGGCUUUUUGGUUAUCCAGAAACCAUGGCCUGGCAUCGCUCGAAGCGUGUACGGUGAUCAUAAACGAUACAAAAAUACGUACUUUGGUCGUUUCCCUGGAUUCUACAUGACUGGAGAUCGAGCUAAACGUGAUGCUGACGGAUAUUAUUGGAUUGUUGGUAGAGUAGAUGACAUGAUAAAUAUGUGUGGGCAUCUUUUGAGUACUGCCGAAGUUGAGAGCGCUCUCGUGGACCAUCCAGAUGUUGUAGAAGCUGCAGUGAUUGGGAAACCACAUAAAACGAAAGGUGAAUGUAUGUACUGCUUCAUAACGCUGAAAAACGACGCGAAUUUCACGAAAGACCUGGAAAAAAGUUUGCACGGGCUAGUUAGAUUGCACAUAGGUCCAAUGGCCGUGCCCGAUUAUAUUCAAAACGCACCAAAUCUGCCGAAAACUCGCUCAGGGAAAAUAAUGCGACGUGUGCUACGAAAGAUAGCGGCAAGAGAGGAAGAUCAAAUUGGUGAUACUUCAACCUUAGCUGACCCGAAAGUGGUCGACGAAUUGAUUUCGAGUCGUCCAGACGAAAAGAUCGAAUGAUAAUAUUCAAAAUUAUUCAAACGAUAUCUAAUAAAUCGGAUUAAAACUAAUUGUCACCUUGUCUUUGUAAUACUUUUAAUUGGAUCAAGAUUGUUUGAUUUGUAAAUUUUGUAGUUGUGCUUCAGGCCAGAGAAAUUCAUGUUUUGCAGUGUUUGCACUGGUUGUAAAACAGAUUGUAUCUAUAUC